AUAAAUCCGUGAUUGAACUUCAGUGGGCGCCUGUGAGUCUGCAGUCAGGACUCCUCCUGCCUCCAUCAGCCAGCAAGCUGCGUGUCUCUCCUCAUCAGAUGCUGAGGGAGUAGCUCAGAAAGGAGGGAGGAGGAAGAAAAAAACCAAAACAAAAACAAAAAAAGAUUUCCAAGGGAAAGACAUUUCAGCACCGGAGCUGUCCGCGGUUCUUGGAGAAGUGCUGCCAAGGGGAGAGAGGCUGCUUCCGACUGUAAAUUGUCCUUUGUGGGACUGUGAGGAAGGAGGGAAUAAUAAACUGCUGGCAUUCAUCUCUCUGCGGGGCUUCUACAGGCGAGUAACGGCGCAUAUAGGCUACUUCAUUCGAGCAAAGUCUUGCCAUGCUGGACUGCCGGGCUUGAGACAGAAAGGAUAAAGUGUGAAAAAAGCCAGCCUUUACUCUUUACGCCAUGGGAGUGCUCAUGUCAAAGAAGCAGCAGGUGGAGAAGGUGCAGAAAUGCAACGCUGUCGUCUCCGCCUUCCAGGCGGGCAUUAAGGACCGACCUGCCCCAGCAAAACAGGCAGACGGAGAAGUGGAGGACGGCGAGGGGCCUGCUAAACCUUCAGCCAAUCCCGACAAGAACACCCAGCAGGCGGAGCAAGAGGAGACCGAAAAUAGCGCAGGUUCUUCAACCUUCCACCAGUCCUCUGGGCCGGCGAAGGACGAGUGUAAGGUCAACCAGGAGUCUUGGUCGAGGCUACGGGACGGAAAAGGAGUGGAGCCUGAAGAUCUUGACAAGAGCCAUCAGCUCACGCCGCCUGCUUUUGUGCGGCCCAAAAGGAACGCCGAUGAUGACCAGCCUGUAGAGGUGGAGCUGGAAAAGAAAGAGCAGCCACCGAGCGAUGAGAUGUGUGAAGUGUGUGAGGUGUGGACGGCCGACGACCUGUACCCAUGCAGGAUCUGCACUCGGAUGUUCCACGACGGCUGCCUGAGGGAGCUGGGCUACCUGCGUGCCGAGGCCCUGCAGGAGAUGAGAGACACGGCCCACACUGUUACCGGCUGGAGCUGCUACUAUUGUGAUAAUCUGAAUCUACUCCUAACAGAGGAAGAAAUGUACAGCCUUCUGGAGACCUUUAAGCAGUGCAAGAUCAUCCCAGAGUCCUGCCUGGUGUCAGAUGAGCUGCUGCAGUACCGCCACUUUGCAUCCAAGCAGCAGUUUGAUAAGGACCUGACUGAUGAGCAAGAGGAGGAGGUCCUGGCCCAGUUUGCAGCGCUAGAUCCUGAGAAGAAGGGUCACAUUGAAUGGUCGGACUUCCUUUACUUUGAGUCUAUGGCAGUUUUGAGGAAGUUUCGCUCGGAGAACUCACUGGUGCGUCUGCUGACUGCCAAGGAGAGAAAUAACGCACGGGCGGUGUUCCUGGGUCUGGACCUGGAUAAAGACGGCAUGAUCACAAAAGCAGAAUGCCGCCAGGCCCAGCAGUCUUGGUUCCACAAGCUCAACAAAGACUCACAAUCUUGCAAUGUGAGACUCAUGGGACUCUGCUCUCCUUUGUAUUGUGGUAUAAGUCACGUUGGUCCCAUAUGCGAGAGCAGCCCAGCCAGCUCUGGCAGUGAAAGGAGCAAGACUGAAGACAGCAGGCCAGUGACCUGGGCAGACUUUUUAAAGGAGAGUGCCAUCUACAUUUUGGCUGCGCGGGCCAAUAGUUCUGCCAUGCACAUCCGUCUGCCUCUAUAGUCCAGGAUUCCCAACGGCACCCCAGCAGACAGAGAGGGGGAGAGAGAGGGUGUAUACCAUAUGGUCAACAGAUGAGCGAAGGAAGAAAGACGUGGUGACACGAUGACAUGCGGAAGGCAACUUAGCAAACUGGAUGAAGCACUACUGAGAGACAGCAGAUCAAGCUAUUGACAGAAUCUCUCCUUCUCUGCAUCACCUCAAUCCCACAACACUUGACAACACACACACACACACACACAGUGAUUGACACACCAAUGACGCAAGUGACAACAGCUGUCACAGGUCCCGACUCCUAAAAACUUGACAACUUCCAACAAAUGUGAAAGAUAGCACAAAGGAAGACAACUAACUUACUAGUAUAGCAAUCAGACAAGCUCCUAGGAUGCUCACACUCUACAAAAUGACAAACACCACACACUCCACCACCCUUCAGCUGCAUAACACACCUCUCCAUGCGGGUACAUUAGUGUGACAUGCUGUUACUCUUUCAAGUAUUCAUUCCGUUGGGCCUCAUCAGAGUAAUAAUUCCAUGCUACUGUAAUGGGAUUGCGUUAUUCACCAUCAAAUGUGUUAAUCACAGUACACAGAGGCACAUGAAAAUUGAAAUUCAUUAACGGUACUGUUUGACGAUGGGGUAGACUUCGGGGAGGAGAUUAACCCUGCGGAUGCCAUUAUCAGAACGUAUACCAAACGGAAAUGAAAGCUAUCUGCGUACAUAUUAUAUGAGAAAAAGUGCUAUUCUUGCCAGUAUAAAUUAUUAUUAUGCAUUAAAACGCUGUAUUUAUUCCUGUAUCCUCUGAUGUAUCCUCUGUUUUCCCCAGUCUCAUCCAAGAGUCCAUGUGUUUCUGAAGUACCAACCGUGAAAAAGGAUGUGAACGUUGAUGAAAGUGAACCCAGUUAAACCCAGACGUGCAUAUACAGCCAUAUAGUACAUGUUGUACCUGUUGUGCUCAGAGCUGCACUUUGACAAUGCGGAAACAUCUGCCCUCCUGUUCUAGUGUCAUUAUUUCCACUGUGGGAAUGAGAUGUGGAUGUACUACUGUGUGACAUCAUCACUGUAAUUAAAUACCGAAAGACAACGGGAGCUCUGGUGCAAAAAUUGUGUCCUUUGUCAAUAUGCAGGAGGACUGUUUAAAAUAUUGUUAUGGAAAAUGUGGUGGGAAUUGUAUAGCGUUACAGGUUGUAAAACAAUUUAAAUUACUGCACAUAAUACUGCCGAUAGAUGCACUGGAAACAUACUGUAACAUGUAAAACUUCAUGUAGUGUUUAUGCCAUGUAAUGCCAGGUCCUCUCAGCGAAUAAAGUGCGGUUAUGACAUGAAUCUGGACUUGUCUGAGGGAUAUGUCAAAGUGCUGAAAUAAAUGCAUGGCAUUUACUCUC